AAACCAAUGCAGUACGCACCAGACCGGCACGCAAGCAACAUGGAGUCUUGUUGUCUCUACCCAAUCGCUCUCACACUCUUCUUCAUCCUCUUACUCUACAAAUACCUGACCAGGAACCAUGGCUACUGGAAAGCGCGAGGCAUUCCGGAGGCCAAAGGAGCUGUUAUCGGAGUGGGUCACGUGCUGGACCAAGUCCUACUACGAAAAAACAUGGGAAUGAUGACGGACGUCUUCUACAAGGCUCAUCCCCACGACAGCAUGGUGGGAAUCUACGUAGCUCAGACUCCCGUUCUCGUAGUGAGACACCCAGACCUGGUGAAAUUUGUCCUCAGCAGUGGAUUCACCUACUUCAGCGACAACAUAACCCUCGACAAGAAGACCGAUCCUCUCCUCUUCCACGAUCCGUUCUUUCAAAAUGGACAGGGUUGGAAGGACGCCCGGGGAGUAUUCGUCAGUGCAUUUUCAUCAAAGAAAUUGAAGGACAGAAUCCCCGCGAUCAGUGCUACGUGUGAAAAAUUGGUGAAUUACCUGAGAGAAAAGUGCGGGAAAACCGGAUCUGUCGAACUCGAGAUAAAAGACUUAUUUGAGAAAUACACCUUAGAUGUAGGGGCUAAUUCCAUUCUCAGUAUCGAUGGACACACGUUUGUUGAUAAAGUUGAGACCCACUCCCUUCGCAGCAUGAUGCACAGCAUGUUCAAAAUAACGGAUAGCAUAGGGUACGCGCAAAACUUGAUCAUACUGCUGCCAGCAUUGGGAAAGCUGUUGUCUACUGGCUUUGCGCCGAAGUGGGUGAAUGUUGGCUUCAAGAGGAUGGUUGAGGACAUCAAAUCGAUGAGGGGUAGUGAUAAAACGGCGAGGAACGAUGUUCUUCAGCAUAUUGCUGAUUAUCUGAGGGAGAAGGGCUUGGACAGUGACGAGUUAGCUGCUCAUGCCUUCAGUUUUAUCGUCGAACAGUACGAGACGUCGAGCUCGACGCUGGGCCUCAUGGCUUACUUUGCGGCGAAGUAUCCAAAGGUCCAAGAGAAGAUGAGGGAGGAAGUUGAGGAGGUCCUGAAGAAGCACGGCAACAUCUGCUCCUAUGAAGCAAUAAACGACAUGACGUACAUCGAACAAGUUGCGAAGGAGUCUUUGAGGCUGUUCACACCUGUUGGACGAAUGUCGAGACUUUGUUCGAAGCAGGUGACUCUGGAGGGGCCCGAUGGCCUCACCUGCACCUUGAGACCAGGGGACGAGGUCCACAUUCCUGUGGCGAGUCUUCACAUGGAUCCGCAGUACUGGGAGAAUCCGGAGGAAUUCCUACCGGAGAGAUUCGAUAAAGAUUGCGAGGAGCAGAGGCACAAGUUUGUGUAUUUGGCCUUUGGUGAGGGACCUCGUAUGUGUCCUGGCAUGAGGAUGGGCUUACUCCAGGUCAAAGCUGGGAUGGCUGCUAUUCUGAAGAAUUACGUCAUUGAAAGGUCGGAGAGAAUGAAUGAACCGGCUCGGCUCGACCCCAGAUACUUCCUGGUGUCAAUUAACGGCGGCAUCUGGGUGCGUUUGAGGUCGCGCACUUGAUUUUAUUGGGUAUAAAGUGGCUUCGUUAGGUUUAAAUUAGUUUGUUUCAACUGAUCUAGGAAUUAUUGUCAAUGAAUAAAUCUAAUUUUUCUCUGAA